CCGAGCCUGCUGUGUGUGGCGAGCGUAGCACACGAUCGUCACAUCGACUCUGCGCUCUUUUUUCCCCCCUUCCCGACGACGGCGGUGCAGGUAUGAAUUGACGUGCGGCGCGACGCCGGAGAGCAUCCCGCCGUCCACGCGGCCCCGCCAAGCUCCGUCUCGUAUCCGCAGUUCCGCGUCACCCAGUGCAAGUAGGAAUGGAGUUCGGAGUGGGCGAUGUCGCCCAGAUAUCGGCAGAACUGGCUCGAGUGGUCGAGAUGAUGAUGUCACCUGGUAUAUCUCAACCGCAACGUCUGGAGAUGUACAAUGCCUGUGAGAGGUUCAAGGAGUCUUCACCAUUAUGUGCACAAUGCGGUCUGUACUUGGCACAGAAAUCACCCGACAGAAGCUCAGUGGUGCGCCACUUUGGUCUACAGUUGAUGGAGCACUGUGUGAAAUAUCGGUGGACACAAAUCUCACAGUCGGAAAAGAUCUUCAUCAAGGAGAAUGCCAUGAAAUUACUUCAAGAGGGCACCCAACCGCUUCUGCAGGAAGAGGCACACAUAAAGGACGCUCUGUCUCGUGUCGUAGUCGAGAUGAUAAAGCGAGAAUGGCCCCAGCAAUGGCCCACGCUGUUGGCCGAGCUCAGUCAGGCUUGCACGCGAGGCGAGAGUCAAACCGAGUUAGUCUUGUUGGUGUUCCUCAGAUUGGUGGAGGAUGUGGCACUCCUACAGACCCUCGAAUCUAACCAGAGGAGGAAAGAUAUAUAUCAGGCGUUGACUACAAACAUGGCUGAGAUCUUUAGCUUCUUCCUAAGACUAAUGGAGCAACACUUUUCAGAGUUUCAGAAGAAAAGUGCCUUAGGACAGACGUCCGAAGCUGCGGCACACAGUAAAGUCGUUCAAGUAGUGCUGUCUACGUUAACUGGAUUUGUCGAGUGGGUUUCUAUAAAUCAUGUGAUGGCCGAAGAUGGAAGAUUGUUGCAGAUACUGUGUCUCCUACUAGGAGAUCCUAUAUUUCAGUGCUCCGCCGCUGAAUGCCUGCUUCAAAUUGUAAAUCGCAAAGGCAAGGCUGAAGAUCGAAAGCAACUGAUGAUCCUGUUUUCAGAGGAGGCCUUGAGAUUUAUUUAUACUGCAGCCACCGCUCCACCGCCCCUCGCUGGACCUACGAAUUUCCAUGAAAAUCAUUACUUAUUUCUGAAGAAGCUUACACAAGUACUGACUGGUAUGGCGACACAACUUUGCGCCGUAUGGGGAAAAGAUGACGCCUCUAGCAUACGGCCGACACAUUUUAAUCUCUUUCUGGACACCGUGCUCACGUUCACCAUGUAUCCGAGCCUCACGCUCACGCAUUUAGCGAACGCGAUUUGGGUGAUGUUAUUUAAGCAUGAACAAAUCAAAACAGACUCGCUGCUGCUUACGUAUGUGCCCAAAUACGUGGAACAUACUGCGCCCAAAUUGGUCCGCGUUACGUAUCCACAUGGUAGACAGAGCAACGGCAUGACCACGUACUGCCUGGUCGAUUAUGACUCGGAGGAGGAGUUCAACGUCUUUUUACAUCGCUUCAGAAUGGAUCUAUUAGAAGGAUUUAGAAACGCAACUAUGGUGGCACCUUUAGUAACGUUUAUGUACGUGCAACAGUGGCUGACCGCGAAGAUCACCAAGGGUAUGUCAAAUCUGCGAUACAAGAGCGAUCAGAACGACCGAGAGUAUCUCGAAUGGGAAGCCCUCGCGCAGGCACUAGAUUCUGUUGUGUCCAGGAUUUUGCUAAUCAAUGAGCGGCCAAGUGUUCAAACCGGUUUACAGCUGUUGGAACUCUGUCUGGGCUAUUCACCGCAAGAUCCUUGGCUUCUAUCCGCUCUGCUGUCUUGUAUAAGUGCGCUUUUCGUAUUUCUGUCGAUGUCGACUGGCUCGAUGGCCAUGCCGGGCGUCGCUAUUCUACCGCGUGUUCUUGAGAAGAUCUUCGCCACGUUGGUAUUUGAGGUGCCCGGUGAGAACGAGCGCAAUCGCUCACGAGCGGCCAAAAAUGUGCGGCGACACGCGGCUAGCCUUAUGGUGAAGAUUAGUCUCAAGUAUCCGCUGUUAUUGCUGCCAGUAUUCGAACAGAUACACACAAUGGUGCGCAGUUUAACCCGGGACCCAAGCCCAUUGUCUCGAGUGGAGAGUGUCAUGCUAUAUGAGGCAUUGCUCCUCAUCUCGAAUCACUUCUGCGACUACGAGAGACAGACUCGAUUCGUCACGGAGGUGAUCGGUGAUGCGUCCAGGAAGUUCAUUGCCCUUGGCACGGAUUGGUUCAAGGGACCGCUAGAACUUAUGCAAUUCGUGGGGCUGGACAGACCACCGGUGGAGAACAUGUUGGAAGAUCCAGCCAGACGCAAUCGUAGUGAUCUCAUGAUGUGUAUUUGUACUGUGCUGAGCGUGGUUAAACGGUGCUCGAUCCCGGAAGAUCCCGAUCGCGCGGCCAGGGGUGGCUUCGUGGCCGCGCUCAGCGAGAGCGGCAAUCCGGUAUAUCGAAACCCAGCAACACCUCAUGUGAUCCCCAUUUUGCCAACACUUUUCGCGCUAUUGCGAACAAUGAAUGAUCUCUUCAGUCAUGCCGCUCUUGCCGCUCUAUCUGAGGGCUACAAAAAUGCUCAUGGCCUUUUGGAGUCGGAAAAGGCGACUCUUCUGGGCGUGAAUGUAACCAACGACAACAAUAGUGAAACAGACCAGGCCUCAGGCCCCUCUCUGGUUCGAAUGCAAUCAUUCCUGAGUACGAUUCAUGACCAAUGUUACCAUAUGUUGGGUAGUGGCUGUCACAUGAUCGGUCGAGAUUUUUACCAGUUGCCUGGACUUGCACCAGCCUUGUUGAAUUCGGUUUUCUCGAAUAUGGAGGUGAUUCCAGACUAUAGACUACGGCCGAUUAUACGUGUGUUUAUGAAGCCGUUUAUAUACUCAUGCCCGCCGGCAUUUUACGAGAGCGUACUAGUACCUGUAUUGGCUCACGUAUCCACACACAUGUGCCAAAGAUUAAGCGCAAAGUGGCAGUACAUAGCGCGUCUCUACGAGUCCGGCGGUCUGGACGAAGAGAACACCGAUACGCAGGAAGUUAUCGACGACAUGCUCAACAGGAAUCUGACCAGGGACUUCGUGGACGUGUUAAAAGUGGCUCUGGUCGGUGGAGCCGCAUGCGACGCCACUCCUCCAGAUACCAUGGAACAGGACAACGGAGGAAUGGCAGUGGAUCCACCUCUCUCGCGGGGAAACAGCAUCGUCGCCGAGGUCGUCAGCGAGCUUGGGACUUUUGUUUUGCGUCAUCCAUCUACUUGUCACAGCGUCGUCCUAUGCGUAUUAGGGGCGCUUGCAUGGAACGACUCAAACGCGAGUCUCAAGGCUACAAUGUUGACUGGGCCUGUAGUCCGAGCACUGGCAGCUGAUGGCAGUGUUACUCCCUCUAUGGCAGCACACAUUAUGGUCGCCGUUCUUCAAGGUUUACAAUUGCACGGUCAGCACGAGGCCAAUCAGGGUUCUCUUAUCACUCUAGGCGCACAAGUUUACGAGUGCCUCAGACCUAAGUUUCCGAAUAUUAUCGAAGUGAUGCAGCAAAUCCCGGGGGUCAAUCCCGCCGACUUGCAGCGCUUUGAUGAGAAAAUGUCGGUGGUCAGCACGAAAGGCAACAAGGUCGAGAAGGGAAAGAAGGAUCUCUUCAAGAAAAUCACUAAUCAGCUUAUCGGCAGAAGCGUAGGGCAAUUGUUCCGUAAGGAAGUCAAGAUAGAUAAUUUACCGCGGAUAGAGGUAUCUGCUAAGCCUCAUCUAGUGCGCGUGGAUGAGAUCUCGAAGAAUGCCACUGACACGGGAAUAACAGCACUGUUCGCUGAAUCUACGUAGCAGACAGUUUUAGAGAAUCACAUUUUGCAUAGCUGGUCUAACUCAAUAAAUAAUUAUAAGUUAUUGUAAAAAGGUCUCUUUUCAAGGGUGCCAUAUCAAUGGCUCAAAGAAAGAACGUUCGAUUCAAAACAGCUGAAACGGUGCGUUUCUUUCUAGGAAAAUUUACAAAUUUUUUUACGGCGACUUACUGAUGGCCGUAAAUAAAGCCGGGUUAAAGUGUUCGAGGUAUCACCUCGGAUUUAUACAAUUGCAAAUUCAAAGAUUAUUUUUUACUUGUAUACUUUACUUUCAACGAGAACAUU